UUUACUUUCAUUCAGAUCGGAUGAGUUACGCGUUACUUUUGAUGUUCCAAACCUUUUGCUAUUUUAUCAGAUUCUCAGAUUCUCAGAUUCUCAGUCCAUUCUUUGUUUUCGUUCUUCUUUGUUUUCUGAGUGUUUUCGAAUGAGUUUGUUUCACAAGCCAACAACCAAAGAGAUUCUGCGCGAGAACAAGCGCGACAUGGCGCGGUCCCAACGCGACCUCGAGCGCGACCGCAACGACCUCGACAAGCAAGAGAAGCAACUGGUCGCAGAGAUCAAGAAGAUGGCCAAGCAAGGCAACGACGACGCAGCAAGAGUCCUCGCAAAGCAACUUGUGCGAAUCCGCGCUGCAAAGACAAAGUCAGUCGCGACGAGCGCGCGCGUUUCGUCGAUUGGCGCACAAACCACGGCAAUGCAUUCGCAAAUGAAAAUGGCAGGCGCAAUGGCCGGUGCAUCCAAGGUCAUGUCAUCCAUGAACAAACAAAUAGACGUGGCUCAGAUGCAGGCCAUGAUGCAGGACUUUGAGAAGCAAUCCAUGACCAUGGACAUGAAAGAGGACAUGAUGAACGACACCAUCGAUUCAGUCAUGGACGGCGAUGCCGACGAAGAAGAAAGCGUCAACAUUAUGAACCAAGUGCUUGACGAGAUUGGCAUUGAUAUUAGCACCAAGCUUUCAAGCGCACCACGACACGCCGUCGGCGAAGCUUCUUCGUCCAGCUCUGCAGACAUGAGCUCUCUGGAGGCUCGAAUGGCGAGCUUGCGGCAGUCGUCAUGAUGUGUGCGUGUUUGAUGUUUGUCGGAAUGAAUGCAAUUCAAGACGG